GUCUUUUGGAGCACUUUGGAGCAUUGGGACGUGAGGAGCAAGGAAGGACUUGGUGCAUGGACGCAGCUCAGCCACACACGCAAGGACGAAGGAGGAAGCCAUCUUGAAGCCAGCUCGACCACUACUCGACCAACCGGUCGAGUUCCUCAACUCGAUCGAGCUGAAGAGUCAACAGUCAAACCCGAAAAAUGUUGCUUCCCCUUUGACUCCCCUUUGACCCUAAACCUAAUCCUCUUGUAUUUAAAGGCUUAG